UGCUAGAUGCGGUGGAGGCUGAAGAACUCAGUAGAAUCCUCCUUCCCCAGGAUUAGUCUGGAAGAGUUGGCUAUAAACAGCUAGGCUUAUGUAACACGUAGUAAUUCUGUUAGCUUGGUUGUUGCUAACUAUUGUACGGUUCAAUUGUUAAGAAUAGACGCAGAAUCUGGCAGACGACGUGUCCUUUCGUUGUAGAUUAGGUUGUGUUUUUUUUUCUUGAGAAAGGUGUACAAGGCACACAUAUCUGAAUAUUUACAUAAAAAAGAAAUAAGACACUAACAGGUGAAGGCUACAUCCAGACGAGAAUAUGUCAGUGGUGGGUUUUGAUGUGGGUUUCCAGAACUGUUACAUCGCCGUUGCUAGAAGUGGCGGAAUCGAGACCAUUGCAAAUGAGUACAGUGACCGAUGCACGCCGGCGUGUGUCUCUUUGGCCUCUAAGAACCGCACCAUUGGAAACGCAGCUAAGAGCCAGAUAAUAACCAACUUCAAGAACACGGUCCAUGGCUUUAAGAGGUUCCACGGCCGGGCCUUCGAUGACCCGUCUGUUCAGAGCGAACUUCCCCGGCUCCCGUACAGCCUCCACAAACUGACCAAUGGCAGUACAGGGGUCAAGGUGCGCUACCUGGAUGAAGAUAAGGUGUUCACCAUGGAGCAGGUCACUGCCAUGCUGCUGACCAAACUGAAGGAGACGUCAGAGAGCGCGCUCAAGAAACCAGUUGUGGACUGUGUCAUCUCUGUUCCUAGUUUCUUCACUGAUGUUGAGAGGAGAUCAGUGAUGGAGGCCAGUCAGAUCGCUGGACUCAACUGUCUAAGACUCAUCAACGACACAACAGCAGUGGCCCUGGCGUAUGGGAUCUAUAAGCAGGAUCUGCCGGGUCCAGAGGAGAAGCCGCGUAACGUGGUGUUUGUGGACAUCGGUCACUCUGCGUACCAGGUGGCCAUCGUCGCCUUCAACAAGGGCAAGCUCAAGGUGCUGGCGACAGCCUUCGACCCGUGUCUAGGCGGGCGGAACUUCGACGAGGUUCUGGUGGAGCACUUCUGCGAGGACUUUAAGAAGCGGUUCCGCCUGGUGGUGCGGGAGAACCCGCGGGCCCUGCUGCGGCUCUACCAGGAGUGUGAGAAGCUCAAGAGGCUGAUGAGCGCCAACGCCUCCGACCUGCCACUCAACAUCGAGUGCUUCAUGAACGACAUCGACGUCACCGGCAAGAUGAACAGGGCUCAGUUUGAGGAACUGUGUGCCCCUUUCCUCGGGAGGAUGGACGCCCCUCUCAAAGCCGCCAUGGAGCAGUCAAAGCUGAGCAGAGAUGAUAUUUAUGCGGUGGAGGUUGUGGGCGGAGCCACUCGGACCCCGGCCAUAAAGGAGCGGAUCUCACGCUUCCUGGGGAAGGACAUCAGCACCACGCUCAACGCAGACGAGGCAGUCGCCCGGGGAUGUGCUUUACAGUGUGCCAUUCUGUCUCCAGCGUUCAAGGUGAGAGAGUUCUCCAUCACUGACGUGGUUCCGUUCCCCAUCACUCUGCGCUGGAAAUCCUCAACGGAAGAUGGAGUCGGUGAGUGUGAGGUGUUCGGUAAGAACCAUGCGGCCCCCUUCUCCAAGGUCAUCACCUUCCACAAGAGGGAGCCGUUUGAUCUGGACGCAUUCUACAGCCUCCCCCAGGAGCUGCCCUAUCCCGACGCCCGAAUAGGGCGGUUCUCUGUGCAGAACGUGGCUCCACAGCUGGACGGCGAGAGCUCGCGUGUGAAGGUGAAGGUGCGUGUGAACGUCCACGGAAUCUUCACCGUGUCCAGCGCGGCGCUCAUGGAGCGACAGACGGGGGACGCAGACGACCUCCACAUGGACACGGAACCCAUCGUGCAGAACGAAGAACAGAGUCGGAUGCAGGUGGAUCAGGAGAACACAGAGACGUCUCCAGAGGAAGGGGCGGUUCCAGCCAAUAAGGAGGGUGUGUCUGGUGAGCAGGUUGCCGUGGGAACCAAGCCCAAGGUGAAGAGUGUGGAGCUGCCCAUUGAGAUGACGAGCAGAAAACUGGACCAACACACACUCAACAACUUCAUCGAGUAUGAGGGGAAGAUGAUAGUUCAGGACAAGCUGGAGAAGGAGCGGAACGACGCUAAGAACGCGGUGGAGGAGUACGUGUACGAGCUGCGCGACAAACUCUGUGGCGUCUACGACAAGUUCAUCAGCCAAGAGGACAGUGGGCGUGUGUCUCUGAUGCUGGAGGACACGGAGAGCUGGCUCUAUGAGGAUGGAGAGGACCAGGCCAAGCAGGUGUACCUGGACAAGCUAGUGGAGCUCAAGCGGUUUGGAGAGCCCAUUGAGGAGCGACACCGUGAGGCGGAGGAGAGGCCGCGUGCGUUUGAUGAACUCGGACGGAAGAUCCAAACCUUCCUGAAGGCCAUAGAGGCCUACAAACAGAAGGACGAGCGCCUGGAGCACCUGAGCGCUGAGGAGAUGGUUGCCGUGGAGACGAAGGUGACGGAGGUCAUGGGGUGGAUGAGCAGCAGGAUGAACGCCCAGAGCAAGCAGCCAAUCACGCAAGACCCCGUCGUCAAGGCAGCAGACAUCAUCUGCAAAAUACAGGAGUUGGACGAUGUGUGUGGCCCAGUGGUGACGCGGCCGAAGCCCCAGGGGGAGGAGCCUGCGGAGGGGGCCCAUAACGGCCCUCAGCAGUCAGGUGGCGACGCCAAGUCUGGAGGCUCCUCCCACCAGCCUGCUGCCCCGGGGGAGAUGGAGGUGGAGUGAUCCCCCCCCCCCCCCACCCCCCACCAC